AUGUCGAGAGAAAACCCCCAGCUUUCGUCUCUUCAAUGCCAGUCUCUUGUGACGCGUGCACUGGCGCCGCAUAUUGCUGUUUACGCUUCCAAAGACACCGAGAACCUUGCCAUUGAGCUUGGCUUUAAAUCUUUCCAUGAUUUACUUCGUCCGUUUGGCGAUAAGAUCCCCGGCCGUGUCACUGUUCGCGACUCCCAAGGCCUUAGCAAUUCCUUUGAAGACUUCUCUGUCCAUUUCGUUACCCCACCAUCUACAAAAAAACAAUCUGCGGCUCCUGCAAGCACAUCUCAUUUAUCUCCAGGGUUUCUUCCAUCUCACAACCGUGGCCGCUCUAUUGACACCCUCUUCAACCGCAAUAUUAACCCAGCAAUGUGCAUUUAUGACCGCGACACGCUAGAGUGCGAUAUCGCAAAAGAUAUCGGUGAUGUCCAAAACCACAGCCAAGUGUUUAUGGAUUUUUUUCAGAAAAUACUUACAAAUACCCCGGUUACUCCCUUUGAAACCUUUAGCCAUCCUGUGGCUGGCGUUAUUGCCAUUUCCUCUCGCAAUGAAACCCCAAUCGAAACCCUUUCCUUUCUCUACAACCAAAGCAAUGAUCUUCUGCCUGAAUAUAUCAACCGUGAUUACCUUCGAUAUUACGUCUUAGUACAUGACGAGCAAACAGACCUGGCCAAAUCCACAGCUCUUUUUGAAAAAAUGAAGCGCAAUUUUGGUCUUCAUUGCCACAUGGUGCGCAUUAAGCGCGCAAUUUCAGAAGAUACCGCCUUGGUCAAAAUCCCCCAAACGGAAUGGCAAACUUAUGCCGAAAAGUUCAGCCAAGAAGACCCAAUAUCCCUUCAUGAAGCAGACGUCAGUUCUCUUAAGCAAAUGGUAAGAGAACUUGUCGUCCAAAGCGUGAUACCCUUUAUGGAGCGAUGCUCUGCAACAUGGAACGACCAAAUUGCAUCCAGCCGGCGCGGCCUCACUGGCAGGUUUUUUUCUGCAUCAAGAAAGUACUUCUCUAAGGGGUCCCUUUUUUCAAGCUCUGCCCAGGCAAAUGCACAGUCUGGAUCAUAUUCUUUACCAUUUUCGUCAGGUACCCCAGUGGCUCCAUCAGCAGCAGGAGGGUACAACUCUACAAAGGGAUCCUACGCAUACAAUUCCCCCGAGGCUCUGCUGCGCAAACUGGCAGAUUUUGCAUUCAUGCUGCGCGAUUAUACUCUCGCCAACUCGACUUAUGAACUGCUAAAGAGUGACUUUCACAAUGCAAAAGCAUGGUCGCAUUUGGCUGCAUCUCAGGAAAUGAGUGCUGUUAGUUACCUCUUGUCCAAAGAAGGCCACAACCUGACGAUAAAGGCCCGCAUAGAUAAUAUAGAAACCCUCUUGGACUCGGCAACAUACUCUUACAUUUCGCGCUGCUCUCUUCCUUCAUAUGCCCUUCGCUGUAUUCUCUUAGCAUCGGAGCUCAUGUGUACAACCUCUUCGCCAUCAGCUGCUUCCGAAGGAGCCACUCGAUGGCUUUUAAAAGCUAUCAAUGAAGACCUCACAGGACCCCUUGGCAAGGCUAUUCUUUUGGAACGCAUCAGCAACGCAUUCAGUGUCUACAAUGAAAUUAUCUACCAAGCAAGUGCCGAUGCACCUACAGUGGAAUCCCCAGAGAUUCUGGCGGCGCGCAGCCGCAAGUCGACACGCCGUCGUAAGGCCGCUUUUUGGAUGCUGCUGGCUGCCCGCCAGUGGGCCGCCGCCCCGCAGGACCCGGCGACGGUAUCACAUGCGCGGGACGCCAAAGCUUGCAUUGAGGCCGCAGAGUCGGUAUAUGCUGAUUUGGAGUGGGCACACCGGCCAGAAAGCAUGCUGGGGAUGCUCAUAACCACACUGGAAACCAAAGCAUAA